UUGGCUCUGUGUGGGGCCGGCGCGGCCCUGUAUGACUGGAAGGAAGAUGGAGCCAGAUGCCGAACUAGAGGGGCGGCCCUGACCCUACUUACCGAGGUCCUGCCGCCGGGAGCCCCCUUCCGCCCCGGACUAGUGUGUUCGGGCUUCCCUGCGGGCUGGGGCCCGAGAGUGGAAUGGUCGCCGAGGCCCAGGCCGUCAGGCUUCCGCGCGCCGGGUGAAGGGAACUGGGAAGUCUCGAGGGACCCCCCCCAAUAACUCCAGGCGUGAAAACCCCUGCAAGGCAAAUGUGCAAUACCAACAUGUCUGUGUCUACUGAUGUAACCACCUCACAGAUUCCAGCUUCGGAACAGGAGACCCUGGUUAGACCAAAACCAUUGCUUUUGAAGUUGUUAAAGUCUGUUGGUGCACAAAAAGACACUUACACAAUGAAAGAGGUUAUAUUUUAUCUUGGCCAGUAUAUUAUGACGAAACGAUUAUAUGAUGAAAAGCAACAACAUAUUGUAUAUUGUUCAAAUGAUCUUCUAGGAGAUUUGUUUGGAGUGCCAAGCUUCUCUGUGAAAGAGCACAGGAAAAUAUAUACAAUGAUCUACAGAAACUUGGUAGUAGUCAAUCAGCAGGAAUUAUCAGACUCAGGUACAUCUGUGAGUGAGAACAAAUGCCACCUUGAAGAUGGGAGUGAUCAAAAGGAUCCUGUGCCAGAGCUACAGGAAGAGAAACCUUCCUCUUCAAAUUGGGUUUCCAGACCAUCUACCUCAUCCAGAAGAAGAGCCAUCAGUGAGACAGGUAUAGGGAAUACUUAUUUGGACACAUUCCAACAGCUCUUUGGUGUUUUUUCUCUUUAA